GCUCCGGGAGGUGGGAGCUGUCCGGAGCUGAGGGGGGGGCAGCGGGAUGAGCUCAGCGCCGCCCGGGGGGCAGGUAACGUCAGCUGUCGGCCGGAGCCGGAAAAAAGAGAGAGAGAGAGAGAGAAACUGUGCUGGAGCUGCACGCUUCAUGAGAUUUUAUUUUAUUAUCGAGACUCGAUAAUAAAAUAAGCAUGGGCAGCUAAUCUGCUCAGUGUAUGAGAACCAGCGAUUCCUCCUCGUCCCAGUAGUGGCAUCUCGACAGCAUCCCGCCUGGCUUGAAAUGGGAUGAAAUGGGAUUAUUCAUGUCGACGAAGAUCGGAUGGAUUCUUGCGAUCGCCUCUGUUUUCCUGUUGCUUGCGGCGCCUGCAGGCAGCGUAGAUGUGAGCUGUGAGAACGUUUAUCGGGACUUUUCUGAGUGCGUCCUGGAGCUGGGGGAGAGCAUGGACAACUACCAGGAGAACGUGACCAGUGAGCAGGGAGUGGCGGCCGUCUGCAGCCACUGGGAAGCCUUCCACACGUGCGCCCUGACGGCGCUGUCCGACUGCCAGCAGGAAGUCAGCUCCAUCUGGGAGACCCUGAAGCAGGACUCCAGGAAGAUCCGCUUCCAGGGAAGCCUGUUCGACCUGUGCAGCCCCAGCUGCGCCCCCACCGCCCGUCUGCCUCUCGCUGCCCUCGUCCUGCCUCUGGUGCUGGUCCUGACUGGGCCGAGCGGGGCCUCUGCUUAGACGGGACACGGAUGGGAGUGAUAAGAAUGAGGGUAGGAAGGACGGGGGUGGUUUGUUUUUUUCAUGAGUUCCAGUACGUCUGAGCUCAGACUUAAUGCCAAGGAUUUAAAAGGUUGAAAUGUUUUAAAAGGAUUUUUUUUUUUUUACACUGAGCUGUUUUUGUGUGUGGCAGGACAAUCAAUUUAGUUUGGCCGAUAACGCUUCAAGUCUUCUGAUAACGAUAAAGCCUAUUUCUUUAUUAAAUAAUAGCUUCGGGGGAAAAAGAAGUGCAUUUUUGAACAUGGAAAGCAUUAUAGUAAGUGACCUUUGGUCCGAAACUAGUUUACCACACCUGAUAUUUAAAGUUUUAACUAGAUUUUCUUAGCAAAAAUAAGUAAAUAAUAGCUUAAACUACCUGGCCAACAUGUGUAUGUGGGUCUCAUAUGGCUUGUGGGGCCCCGUGUGGCUUGUUGGUUUGUUGGAUUUCGCCUUGUGCACAAAUAAUUCAACAUCAAACCUAUGGAGGUAAUAAUAAAGGGGACAACCUGAAGUCUUCCUGUUUUCGGCCCAUUUCCCACCCAUGUGGGCCCCAUAUGUGAAUGCUGGCUGGCUGAUGCACAUUUACUAGAUGAAAAGUCAACAACCAUAGAAUAAAACAUAUCAAACAUCCGAAGUAAGCAAAUGCUAAUUGUUGAUUUUUAUAUUCACGAGCUUGUUUUUUUUUAUUGUUUGUGCACUUCCCUGAUUUUUAGCCUUUUCUAAACACUAAGAUAAACACACACUACACUUCGGCUCAGAGCUGAGGCAGAACCUGGACAUGUGAAUAUCGUAUUUUUAGAUUACAGUGGCUUGAAAAAGUAUUCAUACCCCUUAAACCUUUGCAUGUGUCACAUCUUUGUUUCAUCUUGCACGUGUCCUCUAAUAAAACCUCUGAGGCCUUCGCAGUAAAGCCGUAUUUGUAUUGCAAGCUCCAUGCUGUGAAGAAAUGCAUCCCCGCAGCAUGAUGCUACCACCACCAUGUCUCCCAUUAGGGCUGGUGUGUUCAGGGUGAAGAGCAGCGCUCUCUGAAAACCCUGAGAAACAUUCACAGAACAGAUGGAGCCUCCUUCUCUUCUUUAGUGGCGUCAGAGUAAAGAGGGUGCAAUGCCACAUCCGAAUAUUAAAUCCUAAUGCUUUAAAGUUUGACAAAAUGUAAACCAGUUCAGGGGGUGUGGAUAUUUUUUCACUGUAGAUGAAAAUGGAGCAACACUUCCAAAGUAAGAUAUCUCUGCUGCUUGCCCUGUGCUGUCAUCUGGAAGAGAAACAACACUUCAAACUUAGAGAAAUGAGCUCUCUAAUGAGAAAUCUAUCUGAAUCUGUUUUAAAUCAAACAUUUAUUUUCCAAAUCGUGCUGCUGGGGAGGAAGCUGCACUGUCGUUUACACACUGCUCAUAUAUUAUACAUGAAUCUCAGUAGUAGGAGAGCUCACCUUCUGAAAAUAAAAGGCAUGUGUUGUCUUGAAACUGAAAGUAUAAUAACUACAUGCAUGGUUAAAGCAGUGCAUUGUUACUCUAUGUCCUGAAUAAUCUUUAUUUAGAGUAAUGAGAGCAUUGAGCAAUAUCCAGACAUAUCCUGGUAACUCAAGAGCCAUCUAGUGAUGUCUGCUUCUGGUUCCUGACUCAUUUCUACUGUCACAUCAGUACUUUUAGAGGGCAAAAGAAAGUUUGGCCUCAUUUUUAUUUCAUACCACGUGAAGCUAAAUAUAAACAGUAACUGGACUUAAUUACCUCUUCUCAGAUGCCAACAGAUACCUUGAAAGCAACACAGGCAAAGAAUAAAUAAUAUUUAAAUGUCUCUAUCUUUUUAAAAACUUCUAUCAGCAGCACAGUUUUCACUACACUAAAAUACUUUAUAUAUUACAUAUAUCAGGGGUGGACAAAGUGUGGCCCCAGGGCCAUUUGUGGCCCUUGGUUUGCUCCUACUGCAAUUCAAAAAUUAUACAAAUUUGGCCCUGACAUUUAUGGAUCUGAUUUAAUGAGGUGUUACACACUUCCCUCAUCUCCCAUCAGAACUGCUUAAAUUAUUAAUGGCAUAAACUCAACAAGGUGUAGAAAAUUUUCCUCACAGGCCUAAAAUGUAUUUCAAAGAUUUAAAGAUCCAGAUGAGUGGAUGCAUUCGAUUAAAUUGAUUUAACCAGAGCUAAUAAGGAAUCAGGGAGGCCAUGUACAAAGUGCUCAUUUUGCUUAUUUCUAAAAAUGAAAAUAAAAUCAAACAUGUUGUGUACAGGGUUAUACCCCUUUUAACCACCCAUGUAAAACUAUUUGGCCUCCUGCCUUAAGUCACAGCUGUCAUUGUAAUAAUUACCUGUAUAAUAACUGAAGUGUGACUGUGGACACGUCUCGUGAAAUGUUGCUUACCUGCAGUGGAAAUAAGAACAAAAUACAAGUCGGGGCAUUGGAACGAGAAAUUAAAUGUGAAAUUAUUUAGUGUGUAUGAAGAACCCAUUGAGUUUUCUCAGUUCAGCCACAUCAACAAAAAUAAUUUAAAACCAAACUGUAGAUCUCACGUUGGUGUUUAAGAAAAUCAGUACAGAACACAUGUGGGGCCCAUCCGGUCACAAACUGUACUUAUAAAACAUGGCAGCAUUAUAUAACGUGGACAAAGCCAUGUGGGGCAGGAAAUAUUGAAUAGUUACACCUGAUUUAUACAAUACCACUCUUUUUCUCCAAAGCAAAAGCAAUUCAUGGCAAUAGGAGAGACCCAACAAUUGUAAUAAAAACUCUGCAAUCAGCACUUGGAAAUGCAAGUUUUUUAUAUAAAUAAAACUGAGUUCUGCAGUUUGCAACUACAUAACUCACACCGUUCCCACUCAUCUGGUACAAAUAAAAUGUUGCAGUUGUCUGCAAUCGUCCAUUUUCUUUUCUUCUUCCACUGCAAAAGGAAGCAAGUGACAGUGACCUGUUUAGCAUGUGUUUGCUCAAAUUGUACCAAAAUUGUGCAUAUUUCUUUAAAUACAGACGGUCCUACCAGGUGUUUGCAACUGAUUUUGUUUUUCUCGCAUGAUAUUUUAUGACCAGGUGUCAGAAAAACUGUUGAUUUUAGCUUGGACGUCACGUAAGGUGGCCUGUGCAUGAAUUGUAACAGCAUCCUUUGUUAUGCAAAUUUGUAUUAUCCAGACUCCUAUCACCUCAGUGUCUCCUGAGCAUGUUUGUUCUAGUUGAUUUGACUUAUUUGACGUUUUAAAAGAGCAAAUAUCAUGUCAAUCCAUUGUGUGGCUGGUGGUGAAAACCAGAAAAACAGUCAUCUCUUUGAAGCAUGAGCAAUAUCUUGAGAGAGAAUCUUUAUCCUUCCGUAUGCGGUUGAUGAAAGCAUGAACAUGAUUGUGAUCAUGCACACAAUAAAAGUACAGUAAGUUUUGAAGAGAGUUUAAUCAUAGGAAGAACUCCUGAAUGUAAAAAAAAAAAUUCAGUAUGUUUUCUCUUUUUUUACACAUUUACAAAACUCUGUAAAGCAAUAUAUGGAAAAUGAAGUGACUAUAACAAUAAAGCACAAAUAUUAAACACAA